GGAUGUCCUGGUAAAGGCUUUGGAUAUGCUCUGAUUCUGUAUGAUAUCCAGGUUAACUGCUAGAACUUGAAGCGGACUAUGAGGGUUAGGUUUUCAUCGUCACAUCACGGGACAACGCGAUUCAAGAUGUUUUUACAUCUACCACUGAACCACCUCCACUAGUUCUGGAUCUCAGACUGGAGGGAAUAAUACGAUAUUAUGACACACAACUCUCAAGCUGUAUUGCCUGGACAGCCCGUUGCAAUUCCUCUUGGUCCAACGCUUCAAAUAGGUGGUGGUCUGUACUCGAAGGAUGGUCAAGUAAGAGCAAGUUUAAUCGGUGUGCCACGCAGUAAAGGAUCGGCUAUAACGAUAUCUCGCGCUCGGCCACAUGUUCCUACUGUUGGUUCAAUAGUGCUUGGAACGGUUAUACGUUUAUCGCCAUUGCAAGCCAUAGUGGCCAUAACUGUCGUUGAUGGUGUUCCUUUGCCUACUGGCGAUGAAUAUACGGGCGUCAUUCGCACUCAAGACGUCAGAGGCACAGAAAAGGAUAAAGUCAAAAUAGGUGAUUGUUUCAGAGGAGGAGAUGUCGUAAAAGGAUUGGUGAUAUCGCUCGGCGAUGCUCGCAGCAACUACAUCACCACGGCACGCAAUGACCUAGGCGUAAUUUUCGCUACUAGUGAAGCAGGUGCCACGCUAGAACCCGUGUCCUGGCAGGAAAUGCGCUGCCCAAAGACAGGACGAAUUGAAAGGCGCAAGUGUGCAAAACCUGAGGGUCUCCAGUCAUCAUAGUCUUCGCUCGUAUUCCGCACCUGCCAUUAUAUUCACCGCCUCCUUUCUAAUUAUUUUCACUUCCAUGCCAGAUGUGGCUUAGCUAUGAUCAGUUCCAGUUCUUUGGACUCACAACUUCGGACCGGUAUUUUUCCAUCCAUCCAUACUAUACUGCAACCAAAGCCAGGUACCAAGCAGUAUUUCCGCGUGCCAUAGUUUGUGAUCACUUCACUAAGGGUAUCCGUUUGCCCUAUGCAGCAUUGCCCGAUUAUGACGUAGCUGCAAGGUUUGUUGAGCAGGGUUUUGAUGUUUUGUCCUGAGUCACCCGUGGAGGGUUCAUAAAGGCCUUGUGCCUGUAACAUCAAAACCAAACCUGCCCAUGUCUCGACUCUCUUUCGCACCGUUGCCAAUAAUUCACACAGCAUAUGAUCGAUGUAAUCGGUUGAAUAACUAUCAACGAAGAAUAGAGUUGCUUGUAGUAUAUCAUCGAUUCAAUCAACACGCAUGAUCCACA